CACGCCAUUCCUUGGCAUUGCAUUGGUGUGCGUGCGUCACCGCUGCUGCAUUUCAAUCCUAAUCCGCAAAAAAGAACGCCGGCUACAAUCGUGGUCCGGGUACCGAGGGAAGAUGAGCGAUUGAUACAUUAGGUGAGUGUAGUGCAGUUAUAAAGAGGAAAACUUUUUCCGUGAGUGUGGAAGCGACAUUUUUGUUUCCGGCACAGCAAAAUAGGUAGGUGUUGUCACUGUGUGCUAUUGAGGGACGAAUCUAGUCAUACUUGCAUCUGGACUCUGGUUGAUAAAAAUCUAGUGAUUGGUUAUAAGUUUUGAACCGGAAAAUCGUAACAAUGGAGCACGUUUCCAAGCUCCGUAUGAAUCUCGAGAAGCAGGAAAGCCUGGUGAAGCUGGGCAUUCUGACUACGGCAGCGAUACUAUCAUUCUCAACGCGCCUGUUCUCCGUGUUGCGGUUCGAGAGUGUUAUCCAUGAGUUCGAUCCGUAUUUUAACUAUCGGACAACGAAAUUCCUCGCUGAGCAGGGAUUUUAUAACUUUCACAACUGGUUCGAUGAUCGAGCGUGGUAUCCACUGGGUCGAAUCAUCGGAGGUACCAUCUACCCAGGACUGAUGGUGACCUCGGCCACUUUGUACAGGAUUAUGUGGCUGAUGAACAUUACCGUAGAUAUUCGGAAUGUAUGUGUGUUCCUAGCGCCGUUCUUCUCGUCACUAACCACCAUCGUGACGUAUUUGUUGACGAAGGAAAUUUAUACCACUGGAGCCGGGUUGGUAGCGGCCGCAAUGAUCUCAAUUGUACCAGGUUACAUCUCCCGUUCGGUGGCCGGUUCGUACGAUAACGAAGGUAUUGCCAUCUUCUGUAUGCUGUUGACCUACUAUAUGUGGAUCAAGGCAGUGAAAACGGGAGCCAUCUUCUGGGCAACCAUGGCCGCACUGGCCUAUUUCUAUAUGGUGUCCUCUUGGGGAGGCUACGUGUUCCUGAUCAAUCUGAUUCCGCUGCAUGUGCUCGCUUUGAUGGCAACCGGUCGUUUCACCCAUCGGGUGUACAUCGCUUACAGCACCCUGUACACAAUCGGAACCAUCCUGUCGAUGCAGAUUUCCUUCGUUGGAUUCCAACCCGUCCAGAGCUCAGAACAUAUGCUGGCUUUCGGUGUGUUCGGUCUUUGCCAGCUACAUAGUUUCGUUGAUUACGUCCGUUCACGUGUCUCGAAGGAACACUUUGAAAUCCUGUUCAACGCACUCGUUGUGUCCAUCGCAACGAUCACCGUCCUGCUUAGCCUUAUUCUCACCUUGACUGGAAAAAUCUCACCAUGGACCGGACGCUUCUAUUCGCUACUGGAUCCAUCCUACGCCAAGAAUCACAUUCCCAUCAUCGCAUCUGUAUCGGAACAUCAACCCACCUCGUGGUCUUCAUUCUACUUCGAUCUGCAGAUUUUGGUGUUCCUGUUUCCGGCUGGUUUGUACUUUUGCUUCUCAAAGCUGUCCGAUGCCAAUAUUUUCAUUAUUCUGUACGGAGUCACUUCGAUCUACUUUGCGGGUGUCAUGGUUCGUCUGAUGUUGGUCCUGGCUCCUGUUAUGUGCGUCCUGUCCGGUAUAGCCAUCUCGCACUUGCUGAGCAAGUACAUUCGUAACGUGGACAGCAGUGGUAGUGGGGCCGGUGGUUCCAAGGCUCUCGAUUCGAAGAAAGCCAAGAAACUGGAACAACAAUCGCCGAUGAAGAGCGAAAUUGCCAAUGCCUUUGUGGUGGUUAUUACAUUGUUGCUGAUCACGUACACAUUCCACUGCACCUGGGUCACAUCCGAGGCAUACAGCUCGCCCAGCAUCGUACUGAGCGCUAGAUCACACGAUGGAGGACGAAUCAUCUUUGACGAUUUCCGUGAGGCGUACUACUGGCUGAAAAUGAAUACACCUGAGGAUGCACGAGUCAUGUCAUGGUGGGAUUACGGCUACCAGAUAACGGCCAUGGCCAACCGCACCAUUCUGGUGGACAACAAUACGUGGAACAAUACGCACAUUUCGCGGGUGGGCCAGGCGAUGGCUUCGACUGAGGACAAAGCCUACGAAAUAAUGAAGGAACUGGACGUCGACUAUGUGCUGGUCAUCUUCGGUGGACUGACCGGAUAUUCCUCCGAUGAUAUCAACAAAUUCCUGUGGAUGGUCCGUAUCGGCGGUAGCACGGAUCGCGGUGCCCACAUCAAGGAAACCGACUACUACGCAUCGAGUGGCGAUUUCCGCAUCGACAAGGAAGGAUCCCCCACGUUGCUGAACUGUUUGAUGUACAAAAUGUGCUACUAUCGAUUCGGGCAGGUCUAUACCGAAGGUGGCAAAGCACCGGGCUACGACCGGGUACGUGGUGCCGAAAUUGGUAACAAAGACUUCGAGCUUGACGUCCUGGAAGAGGCGUACACGACGGAACACUGGCUGGUUCGAAUUUACAAAGUGAAAGACUUGAGCAAUAGGGGUGUCUAGGAAGGAGACGCACCCCUCUCCAUGAUGCUACCCAUCAUUACAUACUGCUUAUUUUCCGGACUUUCCUAUGACUCAAAAUUAGCCCUUAAAAUGGUGUACUCAAAAUUAGAUCAUACUUUUUUUCGAAUUAAUUUCUACAAUCUACUUCAUAAAAUAAAUUAAGCAAAAAAUCGCACCCCGCAAAACACUACACAAGUCCUAGAUAGUGUGUACUAGAAUAUGUAAUUUAAGCCCAUACUGAGAGAGUUUGGGUGAAUUCGCAAUUUGCAAAUGUAAACCACAAGCGAAUAGAACAGUCUACCCAAAAACAAAAAAGUGGUAGUUUUAACACAACAGUUUUAUACACAUGGUAUGCGCUUUGUGCAAAGCAGAACUCGUACAAUUAUUAUUGAUAGAAAAGGUUUUUUUUUACAAGCUCGCCCACAGAAGAACCACAGCAGAUUGGAUCGAUCCUUAAGAAUAAAUUUAACACAACGAAA